AUGUCAUCAUUACAUAACAAGGAUGUGACAGAACAGUUUGACAUUCGUCUGGGUAUUAAAUCUGACUUUGAGUCACUUCAAUCCCAGAAACCCUGGAUAGAAAGCACUUUCACCAAGAGGGAAUGUGUGUACAUACUUCCAGUGUCAAAAGACCCCCACAGAUGUCUUCCAGGAUGCCAGAUUUGCCAGCAACUAGUCCGGUGCUGCUGUGGGCGGCUGGUGCGGCAGCAUGUUGGCUUCACUGCCAGCUUGGCCACGAAGUACUCGGAUGUGAAGCUGGGUGAAAAUGCCAACCUGUCGGUACCUGAGCUGGAGGAGUGGUCGGUGGAAAAACACACCGAGGCGAGUCCCACUGACGCCUAUGGUGUCAUCAACUUCCAGGGAGGGUCUCACUCGUACCGAGCCAAGUAUGUUCGUUUGUCCCACGACUCACCACCGGAACACAUCCUGCGGCUGAUGCUGAAGGAGUGGCAUAUGGAGCUUCCCAAGAUCCUCAUCUCUGUCCAUGGAGGAGUUCAGAACUUUGAGCUCCACCCUCGCAUCAAACAGGUGGUGGGCAAGGGCCUCAUCAAAGCUGCAGUCACUACCGGGGCCUGGAUUCUCACUGGAGGGGUCAACACAGGUAUGUCAUCAGAGAGAUUAUUUUUGUCUUGGUGUCCUGUGGAAAGUGCUGAGUUCAGCCGUUGA